AUGGACAGUAGACAUACCGCUCAUGGACCUGAAGAACAUCAUAAAUUAAUAGUUGACACAACUUCUAUUGCUGUUCCUCAACCUGAUGAUUCAAAACAACGUAAAGCUUACUUUAAUUCAAAAAGUGCAACGAGUUAUGCAUUUAAAGUGCAAACAGCUUGUGACUUUAAUUAUCGAAUAGUGCACGUUUCCGAAUGUUAUCUUGGAAGCGUUCAUGAUAUAACAGUUCUACGAGAGUCGGGUCUAUUAGAACAUGUAAACGACUCUGUACAGAUUAUUGGUGAUAAAGCUUAUAUUGGAGAAGAAUUUGUCAUCACUCCAAAGAAGAAGCCUCAUAGAAGUGAAUUAACAACUGAAGAAAAGGACUUCAACUAUAACAUCAAUAGUGCAAGAGCCGCUAUCGAAAAUAUCAAUCAACACAUCAAAACUUAUGCUGUUCUUGGUAGUGUUUAUAGAGGAGCUGUUGAUGAUUUUGAUAAAAUUACCAAGAUUUCACGGGUUGUUUGUGCUUUGUGUAAUUUAAACUUAAUUAAACAUCCUAUUCGUAAAUAG